UCCGACAAGCCUUACCCUUGAUUAGUCUUCUUCUCCAUCUUGGUCAGGCACCAGGGGCUUCUUGCUCAUAUGCUAUAGUGGACAUCUUCCUGAUCGCAUGUUCCAGUUUAUACACCCACCACCAGGCCACCAGAGCUGUGCCAUCCAUCAAAGACACCGGCAUUCCGAGUCUAGUCUUUACAUCUCUUACAGCAAACCCUGAUAUGACUACAGAGGUGAACCAGCUGUCCGAGCAUCCUCUAGUGAGUCCAAAGGCAGAGCCCCAGCCAGAGAAGAAGCCGGAGAACCUUCCAAGAAGCCACGGGGAUGUUGGGCUCCAGAAAGAGCCUGUGGUCCCAGGCAUUGUGGAUUUCGAGCUGAUCCAUGAGGAGCUGAAGACCACAAAGCCCCAAACAUCACAACCAACACCCAGUGCCUACCGCUUUGGACGCCUCAGCCACCAUUCCUUCUUCUCAAGGCACCACCCCCAACCACAGCGAGUGACUCAUAUCCAAGUUACAGGAAGAGAGGACCUGGAGCACUCCCUGCCCCUCACCACCUCUUUCCAGCUCCUUCAAGCUCCUGGGGUCCAGCCCACGGAUCUCACUCCCUCUGCAGAUAUCGCUGGGAAGCCUGUCUGCGUGGUCAGGGACGAGUUCUCUCUGGCGGCCUUGACUCAGCCCACAUUCUUAUCCCGCUGUCUGAUGGGGAUGCCCACCAUCUCUGUCCCCAUUGGGGAUCCACAGUCCAAUCGGAACCCCCAGCUUUCUACUUCUGAUACCUGGAGGAAGAAACUAAAGGACCUGGCUUCCCAAGUGACCGUCUUCACUAAGGAAAUCGAGUCAAAGCCCGAUGAGCAGAAGGAAGACCCUCCUCUGAGGGAACCUCCUCCGAGAGAGCAGGGGGCCAAAUACUCAGCUGAGACCGGUAGGCUUAUCCCUGCUUCCAGCCAAGCCCUCACCCGCCGCAACCGCCAGGGCCAGCGGGUCCACCCUUCUAGCAAAGAUGGAGGAGUCCAAGCCUCCAUUCUGCAGGACCAGGAGCUGCUGGGUGGCCUCACCGCACCUGGAGUUAAGUUCUCAGGUCCCGUGGGGAGGGGGCCCAAGGCAGGACUCCUAGGGGGCUGCCUCCUACCUCCGGUACUCCUUCCACCCCUCCGUAGCCACAGACACCGCCGGCAACCUGGUUUAGGAAGCCCCCGGAGCACAUCCGGGAAACAGAUGGAGCAUACCCUGCCGCUACUUGACCGGAGGCCACAGAAAAAGUCACUUGACAAAGCAGCUAGGGACCAAGGUUCCCGGCUGCUUCACUGGAUGGAGCCCCUCACUAGGCAUUUGGCAGAAGCCACCCACUCUGGCCAGCAGGCUGCCUACAGCGAGUCCCCUGCCUCCUGGCAAACAUUUCCAGAUUCCUGGAGCUCCAGGGUGGGGAGGCUCUUGGGGUACCCCAAGUCACCACCCAAAACAUCCCAGCGUGCAGGACUCGAUUUUGGAGCUCCUUUGUCAAAUUCUACAAACAGAUUCUCUAAGGGCUAUUCAGUUCUGGCUGCUUUACGCUCCAUCAAAAGAAAAAGAUUUAGCUCUGGGGCUUCUGCAAACUGCCGUGGCUCAGCUUAUCCCCCAGCCCCUUCCCUCCAUCCCAGCAGAGAAGCUCUGGAACCAUCUCCAAGAGCUUCAAGAGCUUCAAGAGACACAAGAAGCAGCCUACAGUCCAUCCCUGAGGAAGACUAAGUCACCACCUCUACCCAAACCAGAGUACAUAGGCAAAGCCCAAGUCCUCCUGGUGCAUCCCAGCGAGGACCCAGAGGAGAAAACGA